AUGAGAAAAUGCAACGCCUUAAUCCGAUCUAACACACGACAACUUGACCGCGAUCUAGCCCGCUUGAAAAUCAGCGAUAGUCAGACUCGGCAGCACAUCUUGAACGCCUCCAAACGUGCCCAGCGAAAUCCAUCCCAAGCCAAACAGGCGACCAAUGACACAAAAGUGUUUGCCAGAGAGCUUGUGCGAAUCCGAAAACAGACCACGCGCCUUCACACUAGUCGCGCGCAACUACAAAGUGUUGGCAUGCAGGUCAACGAGGCAUUCUCGGCUCGCAAGAUCCAAGGUAGCCUACAGAAGUCAACCGGGAUCAUGAAAGAUGUCAAUACUCUAGUGAAAUUGCCUCAGCUAUCCUCCACCAUGCACCAACUCUCCUCUGAACUCGUCAGAGCGGGCAUCAUUGAGGAGAUGGUGGACGAUGCCAUUACGGAUCCUUCGGUCUUCGGAGAUGAGGAGGAAGAAGCGGACUCUGAAAUCGAGAAGAUCCUUCAAGAAGUCUUGCAGGGCAACCUUUCUCAGGCACAGCCUGUUGCCACCCAGCCGGUGCAUAAGAUCUCUGAACCUGAAUCCCCACAAGCCGAGGAGGACUUCGAAGACCAAGAAGCCACGCUCGAGCAGAUGCGCGGACGAUUGGAGGCUCUCAAGAGCUAA